AUGGCGUCCACCCACUCAGACGCCGCGGACUCCCAAUCGGACGGCUCAGAUUCUCCAAUUCUCGUGGAGCGACCGGGUCCGUCCGAUGUGACUACGGUUGGCGAACUGGCAGACAGGGAGGCCGCAGGGGGCGCAGCCGCUGGCGGGGCGGAGUCGAAGGCGGACGACUCGUCCGCGGAACCACCAUGCAGCGAUGGCGCGCCCGGCGAUCCGCGGAAGGAACGCGCGGAGCCCCCGGGGCAGGACGAGGCGGAAUCCGCAGCGGCGCUGGUGUCGCCGUCGAAAGCGCACGGGCGAGAGAGAGGCGCGGCGGGGUCGGGGCAGGGCGAGGUGGCGGCGGCUGUGGGGCAGGUGGCGGCGGGCGUGGCGGCGGGCGUGGCGGGUCUCGCGAGCAGCGCGGGCGCCGAGGCAGCCGCCGUCGUGAGCAGCCUGGGCGAGCGGGUGAGUUGGAGGGGAAGGACGCGCGGGAGGGUUGGGCGGGGGAAAAAAAAAGUGUGGGUGGGGGGAGUGGGGCGGACGGGGGAAGAUCGAGAGAAUGCGGGGCGAGCGGGGGAGCGGGUGAGGGGCAACAGUCGCGUGGAGCAGGUGACAGGGCUGAGCACGGGCUUUGUGUCGCUCUUCAGUGUCUUUGACUCCGCUAUCGCCUACCCCUCCGACAAGCCCACUGCUCCCGCCGCCGCCGGGGGUGGCAGCAGCGCAGCGCAGGCAGAGGCGCACAAGGCCAGGGGGGGCAGUGAUGGCAGGGGGACGGGGGGCGCGGAGGAGGAGGGGCAGGCAGGGGCGGAGGGCAGUGCGCGGUCGCCCCACCCGUCCAGAGCCAUCGACCUGCAGGCCAUCUUUGGCCUCCCCACCCAUGAGACCCUGCUGGAAGCCUUCCCCUGUCGGCUGCUGCAGCUGUACCGACCAGUGUACAACACGUUCACGCCCGACAUGCGGAGGGCCUUCAGGGGCACGCUCUACAUCACACACCAGCACGUCUGCCUCUGCCUUGACGACAGUGGACGCCGCAUCCCCGUGAGGGCCCUGCCCUGCUGCUCAUCCAGCAGCCCCUCUAUGCUCACCAACCCCGUCUCUCUUUGCCUCGCCCCAUUAAGUUCACCAUUUUCCCACUCCCUUCCCCCCGCCAUUCCCGCCCUUGUUCCUUUUCCUUGCCCACUUCCAUGCCCUUGCCCACUCCCCUCCCCACAUUCCUCUCGGUGCUGCCCGGGGCCGUGCCAUGUGUGGGCUGGGGGGGGCCGUGCCAUGUGUGGGCUGGGGGGGGCCGUGCCAUGUGUGGGCUGGGGGGGGGCGUGCCAUGUGUGGGCUGGGGGUGGCCGUGCCAUGUGUGGGCUGGGGUGGGGCGUGCCAUGUGUGGGCUGGGGUGGGGCGUGCCAUGUGUGGGCUGGGGUGGGGCGUGCCAUGUGUGGGCUGGGGUGGGGCGUGCCAUGUGUGGGCUGGGGUGGGGCGUGCCAUGUGUGGGCUGGGGUGGGGCGUGCCAUGUGUGGGCUGGGGUGGGGCGUGCCAUGUGUGGGCUGGGGUGGGGCGUGCCAUGUGUGGGCUGGGGUGGGGCGUGCCAUGUGUGGGCUGGGGUGGGGCGUGCCAUGUGUGGGCUGGGGUGGGGCGUGCCAUGUGUGGGCUGGGGUGGGGCGUGCCAUGUGUGGGCUGGGGUGGGGCGUGCCAUGUGUGGGCUGGGGUGGGGCGUGCCAUGUGUGGGCUGGGGUGGGGCGUGCCAUGUGUGGGCUGGGGUGGGGCGUGCCAUGUGUGGGCUGGGGUGGGGCGUGCCAUGUGUGGGCUGGGGUGGGGCGUGCCAUGUGUGGGCUGGGGUGGGGCGUGCCAUGUGUGGGCUGGGGUGGGGCGGUGGGGCAGAUAAAGCUGGAGGCAGCGGAGGUGGCGGGGGUGGGGAAGCAAGCAGCCAGGCGGGGCGACAGCAGCGACCAGCUCAAGAUCGACCUCUCAGGCGCGCACACCUCGGUGGGUGCUGUCGGGGGCGCACAGCUCGGUGGGACUUCGCCUCCCCUGAUGCGCUGGACAGCGCCCUCGCUCUCCUCGAACACAUCACCUCCUGAUGCCGCCCCGCCUCACAACCCACCGCUUGCCUCCCGCUCCAUGCCGCCCCGCUUACGCUGCCCCGCCUCAUGCCGCCCCGCUUACACUGCCCCGCCUCAUGCCGCCCCGCUUACACUGCCCCGCCUCGUGCUGCCCCGCCUCAGCCCUUCACAGAGUGGGGUCAGCCGCAGGUUGGGCUCUUGGGGUGCAUGUGUGCACCACAUGGGAUGA